UCCUCCUCCUCCUCCUCCUCCUCCCUGAAGCUACAGUCGUGUUUGCAUACUAACUGGAACUGGAAACGGUCGUUGGAAACGCUGGAAGGAAGGGAGCGCCAUGCGGGGAGAAAAAGCAGCUUGUGCAACAAAAUACUAAUCCAUCGAGGCAGUUUGAUUCAAAGCUCACACAGACAGAAGGAAAGCAGUGAAGUAGUGAGGAGCUCAGAGCUGAAAUAAGAAGCUUUAGAGGAGACUCGUGGUUUUUUAUUUUUACGCGCAAAGGAAAAAACAACUCCAGGACACAUUUCUGCUCUAUAUCUUUUUUUGUAUUAUUUUCUGCUGACGGUGAACUAUCUGGAUCUCCUCCUGGAUGUUAAGCCUUUAACGGUUUCCUACCAGAUAUAGCUCCUGUUAAUGCUGCUGGAGUGUCCUUGGCUGUCCUAAAUUGGGUAUUUGCAACGCUGCCAAAGUUUAUAAUUAAAUUCUCAAGAUCAUUUUUAACUCCUUAAGGUGUUUUUUUUAAUUUAAUCUAAUUUGGACACUUGAUAUAGUUGAUGUUCUAGUAGAAGCUGCUGGUGCUGGUUCUCUGCAUGUUUUCCUGUCUAUUGUGAGCUGCAUGUUGUUUUAAGAGACUCUGUGUCUCUCCAACAGAAGCCAUUUUUAAGUCUUUGAUUUCAUUGAGCUGUUCAACCUGCUCUGAGCUGCAGCUUUUAACUCGUGCACAUACAUUUUUUUUUUUUGCACAUUAUUUUUUUAUAUCCAUUAUUCUCAAAUUCACCCCUCCAUCCACGACUAUGACCUUUUACGCGUCUGGAUCUGGGCGCGGUGGAUGCACCAUGGCUCGGUUUCUCAUCACCAUGAUGGUGAUGUUGCUGGCUGGAGCUGGAGCUGGAGCUGAGGAGGCCAAGCCGGCCGAGGAGAGCUCACAGACGGUCACUCUGCGUACCCUGGUCCUGGGAACCUGCAGGGAGAUCCAGCAUUAUGCAGAGUCCGUGGUGGGGAGCGGUGUGAUCCGGUCAGCUGCUGAGAGUGCAGUGUUGUUUCUUGAGUCAUUGCUUGGUCAGGAGAACGUCUAUAAAGUGGCCAUGUUUUUGCAGAUGGUGAUCCGAUUCCUCGCUGAAGGAGCUGCCAGCGGCCUGAACGUCAUCGCCGUUUACGUUACAGAGAUCCUCAGGGUCACAGGAUUCGAUGUUGCACAGACGUUGCCCCGUUUCACUCCAGAGGGCGUGGCUGCCAUCGCCCAGUGGGGUCUGGUGGCCCUCAUCGGCUACUGGGUGCUGACCAUCCUUCUCCGUCUGCUGAUCGGCGUGGUGAGGCGGGUGUUCUGGGUGGUGAGAACCGUCUUGGCGCUCUGGCUUUUUGGACUGAUUGUGACCGAUAAGCACGCCACCGCAGACAUCACGGCAGUCCGGCUGGGUGGCCUGGUGCUGGGAUGCGUCCUGUUGACUCUGCUCACUUCUUGCUCUGAAAAGACUUGUGCGGUGGACGGCCGUCUGAGCUCCCUGGAGGGCCGGCUGAAGGCCGUAGAGAAGAGGAAAGGGGAAUAGUGACCGGAGAGGGUGGAGGAGGGGGAAGGAGUUAAGAUGGACAAAUGGGUGAUGGUAAUGUUGGUUAAGGUUGAUGGUUUCUUUAUGUGUGUGUCGAGCUAUUAUGGGAAAUAAAGUAAUCUCUGGGAUUUUUAAUCAGAAAUGUUCUUUGUUUGCCUUGAGAGAGAAAAAUGCCAAACUAAUGAAACCACAUACUGUAAUAACUAAUCACAGACACACAGAGGUAGUAGAAGUCUAACCAGUGUGCACAGAGGGUUGAAUAAGUCAGAUCGUAAACUGUCCUCUUUCUGUAUUGUAAUUUUUCACAAUUGCAUACGAAUAAAAAUAAAGGCGUUUUACAGAAGUCUUUAAUUAAAA